AUGCUCAUCAAGAAUCCCUUUUCGACAGUCUUCGCGAAACAAAAAUUGCAGACUGCAGAAACCAAUUGCAGAAUGUGCAGAAACCAAUUGCAGAAUGUGCAGAAACCAAUUGCAGAAUGUGCAGAAACCAAUUGCAGUGCAGAAACCAAAUGUGUGCAGAAACCAAUUGCAGAAUGUGCAGAAACCAAUGCAGAAUGUGCAGAAACAGCAGAAUGUGCAGAAUUGUGUGCAGAAACAAUUGCAGAAUGUGCAGAAACCAAUUGCAGAAUGUGCAGAAAACCAAUUGUGCAGAAACCAAUUGCAGAAAUGUGCAGAAACCAAAUGCAGAAAUGUGCAGAACCAAUUGCAGAAUGUGCAGAAACCCAGAAUGCACAGUUGCAGCAGAAACCCAAUUGCAGAAUGUGCAGAAACCAAUCGCAGAAUGUGCAUUGCAGAUGUGCAGAAACCAAUUGCAGAAUGUGCAGAAACCAACGCAGAAUGUGCAGAAUUUGCAGAAUGUGCAGAAACCAAUUGGCAGAAUGUGCAGAAACAAUUGCAGAAUGUGCAGAGCAGAAUGCAGAAACCAAUUGUGUGCAGAAACCACAGAAUGUGCAGAAACCAAUGCAGAAUGUGCAGAAACCAAUUGCAGAUGCAGAAACCAAAUGCAGAAUGUGCAGAAACCAAUCAGAAUUGCAGAACCAAUUGUGCAGAAACCAAUUGCAGAAUGUGCAGAAACCAAAUGUGUGCAGAAACCAAUUGCAGAAUGUGCAGAAACCAAUUGUGCAGAAACAAUUGCAGAAUGUGCAGAAACCAAUUGCAGAAUGUGCAGAAACCAAUUGCAGAAUGUGCAGAAACCAAUUGCAGAAUGUGCAGAAACCAAUUGCAGAAUGUGCAGAAACCCAAUUGCAGAAUGUGCAGAAACCAAUCGCAGAAUGUGCAGAACAAUUGCAGAAUGUGCAGAAACCAAUUGCAGAAUGCAGAAUGUGCAGAAACAGAAACCAUUGCAGAAUGCAGAAAUUGCAGAAUGUGCAGAAACCAGAAUGUGCAGAAUUGCAGAAAUGUGCAGAAACCAAUUGCAGAAUGUGCAGAAACCAAUUGCAGAAUGUGCAGCAGAAUGUGCAGAAACCAAUUGCAGAAUGUGCAGAAAACCAAUUGCAGAAUGUGCAGAAACCAAUUGCAGAAUGUGCAGAAACCAAUUGCAGAAAGUGCAGAAACCAAUUGCAGAAUGUGCAGAAACCAAUAGCAGAAAUGUGCAGAAACCAAUGCAGAAUGCCAGCAAAUGUGCAGAAACCAGAUGUGCAGAAACCAAUUGCAGAAUGUGCAGAAACCAAUUGCAGAAUGUGCAGAAAAUGCAGAAUGUGCCAGAAUGCAGAAUGCAGAAACCAGAGAAUGUGCUAA